GAUGCAAGAUGCAGUUUGUUGCCUAAAAGCACACGAACCUCUUUCAGUGGCUGCGAAACGAGCAGAAAUGAGUCCAUUAAAAAUAUUUUUAGAACAUGAAUCGAGUGAUUACAAAAGCUAUUACGAAGAUUUAUUUGACAAAUGGCAUAUAAGAGAUGGAGAGGCCAUCUACUUGGGAAAAGAAUGUCAAGAAUAUGUUGAUACUGUGGCGGAUGUGGCAUCUAAGGAUGAUGCAUAUUACAUGUUAGUGGCAUUGAUUCCAUGUGCACGUUUGUGGCCAUGGCUUGGACAACAACUGACUGCAGCAAAGGUAUGUAAGAUUGUGAUAAACGAUGAUUUUGGGGCAUACACUGACUGGGUCAAUUCAAAUUUUAAUCCUUCUUCUGAAGGAUAUAAGAAGUUGGAGGUCCGUGUGAAUGCUGCUUUCUCAAAGCAGGAAAUAGAUGAAAAGAAAGCUCUGAGUAUCUAUUCCAAAUGCAUGAAUGGAGAAGCUGGCUUUUUUGGUUCAGUACCGAUAUGAAGACAUUGAGCUGGGUUUUUACUCAUUAUGUAACGAAAAAGAAUGCAAAGAAAUUUCAAAUCAAAUUAUACAAUAAAGACUUUAGGGUAUAA